AUGUCGAUGGUUUCUGCAAUUCACUCGGCCCGCGCCUAUCUCAACGCGACGAGGGAGUGCUACAACUCCACAGGGGGGUUCGCCGGGGGGAACACCAACAAGGCGUACAUGACGCUCUCAGACACCCCCUACCUCUUCUCGUCCACCAAGAACCACUUCGUCGCGCUCAGCUGCCCCAACCCCGGCUACUACGUCAACGGUUGCAUGUCCGUGUGCCGCCCGUCGGACCACGCCAUGCCAGGCCUGUGCACCGCCGUCGGGUGCUGCCAGAGCGAGAUGCCCUCCGGCAUCAAUUUCUUCGAGCCUACAAUUCGUGACUUUCCGCCGGGAGGGGAGGACCUCUCCUUCUACGCCAACAGCGCGCCGUGCCACUACGUGUUCCUCGCGACAAGGAGUGGUUCAGCUACACCUACCACGUCUUCCUCGACCGCACCGACGACUUCGAUGUGCCGGUCGUCGACGUUCCGGAUGCAUAGAUUUGUAACUUGUCUGAUCAAAUGUGUUGAAACUGCAUUGCAAACUGAAGAUAUCGGCGAGUGCCAGCUAAAAGACAAAUACCCUUGCUACGGUACUAGUGGAGAUUUCAACGUCAAGAAUGGCUGCCGGCCAGAUGACAAGUUCACAUUAGCUCCGAAAGUCGUUACAGGUGUUAUCGUUGGACUGGGUGCUGCUUUUGGAAUGCUACUUGUUGGUUUGAGUGGGAUAUUCGUUUUCUAUAGAUGGAAAAGAGGUAUUAGAAAACAACAAUGCAAGAUGUACUUUCAAAAAAACCAGGGCCUUCUGUUGGAACAACUCAUAUUAUCAGAUGAAAAUGCAAGUAAUAGGACAAUGAUUUUCUCCUUGGAAGAGUUGGAGAAGGCAACAAACAAUUUCGACGACACUCGAAUUGUAGGACGUGGAGGGCAUGGCAUGGUAUACAAAGGCAUCUUAUCUGACCAACGCGUGGUAGCUAUAAAAAAGUCGAAACUUGUUGAGGAAGCUGAGAUCAAUGAGUUUAUUAAUGAGGUUGCAAUCCUCUCUCAGAUAAAUCAUCGAAAUAUCGUGAAGCUCUUUGGAUGUUGUCUUGAAACAGAAGUGCCCCUGUUGGUGUCUGAUUUUAUCCCUAAUGGUUCUUUAUUUGACGUCCUGCAUGGUGAGUCAGUCAGUGGGCACUCUUUAUCCUGGGACGACUGUUUGAGGAUUGCUCUAGAAUCUGCUGGAGCUCUAUGUUAUUUACAUACAUCUGCUUCCAUAUCAGUUUUUCAUUGUGAUGUCAAGUCCUCUACUAAUAUAUUGUUGGAUGCAUAUUACACCGUUAAAGUUUCAGAUUUUGGUGCAUCGAGAACAGCUCCAAUUCACCAAACUCAUGUGACUACAAAUGUACAAGGAACAUAUGGAUACUUGGAUCCAGAAUAUUAUCAAACUGGGCAACUAAACGAGAAAAGUGAUGUGUAUAGUUUUGGUGUGUUACUCCUAGAGUUGCUUACAAGAAAAGAGCCGGUUUUCCGAAGCAAUGCAGGUGGAGAGUGUUAUCAAAACUUGUCCAUCUACUUCAUUUCAGAGAUCAAAGUGAGGGCCGUAGGAGAGGUGGUGGCUACUCAAGUUCUUGAAGAAGCAACCGAGGAUGAGAUUAAUACCAUUGCCUCUCUUGCGGAGAUGUGUUUGUGUCUCCGCGGAGAAGAAAGGCCUACCAUGAAGCAAGUGGAGAGUACAUUACAAUAUUUGAGAACAAAAAGGUUGAGCUCAUGUCAAAUUGGUGAAGGAAGCGACGAAGAAAUCCAACCAUUAGUCACUAGCUGUCAACCACCAACUGUCCCUAGUUCUCAACCUUUGGCCAUUCAAAUGGCCGGCAAAGGUCAUUCCCAAUCCUCUACUACUUUCUUCAGUCUGGAGUGACAGUUCAUGUCAUAUGCUGAUCUGGUUCCCAAAUAUUUCUGGAAUUCCGAGUUAUAACUUUGUAUUUUCUUUUUAUUGUCGUAAGAAAGACAUGUUUUUCAGUAGUGGACAUGCUGAACAGUACUGCAGUGAAGAGUUUAAGAGUUAUUCUAUG